GUAAUAUUUUUGACCUUGUAACAACAAUAGCUUAGCAAGUACAAGCUAAAUACAAGCGAAGUACAAGAAAGUACAACAAGCUAAGUACAACAAGAUGCGACUAGUGCUACAUGCAUUACUGCUGAUAGCCGGGUAUCAACUAUCUGCAGCUCAAGAUGUUGUCUGGUACAUUGGCAGCCGCAAUGGCUCUGCUGAUAUCUCUACCUGUGGAAGGUCCAUUGCAACACCUUGCAUCAGCCUCACAGUGAUUCUCCAAGAUAGCCAGCUUUUUGAAAAUGGUACAAGCUCAUGCAGAAUAUCCAAUGGAGACGAAGAUGGUAGAUCAUCGACUACGUUAUAUUUUCUCGAGGGCACGCACAACAUGGAUCCAGUAUGCCUGACUAAUUGGGAUAAUCUGAGUGCUAUCGGUCUCGGCCCGAAGGGGAGUGUCUUCGUGACAACUAGGAUUGGAGGAAUAAGUGGUCUCUUUAGUUUCACGAGUUGCACUGGUAUAACAAUUUCCAAUAUUGUUUUUGGGGCAGCCUUUAUUGGCCGAUCCACACUCCAUUUUUGCAACUCAAGAGGUAUAACAGUCACUGAUUGCGCUUUCUCUGUGGAAACGGCCAACACACGUGGCGUCGAAAUGAUUCAAUGUUCAGGGGACAUUUCUGUCACACGGUCAACAUUCGUAGGCGAUCCAGAACUUGCAUCUCGAUCAGAUAACGUUGUAAUUGGUUUGAGUGUUGUCCACGGUCGUGAAUUCAAUCCACAAUGUAUUGGAGAGCCCCAACCGUUGCAGCUGUCAAUAACAGACUCUGACUUCACCUCACUCACGUCCGGAAGUGGAUCAGACGAUAAUUAUGCGUCAACUCGCUCAACAGGUACUGCCCUGCGUGUUCGGUUCCUGCAAGACUCUGCUAAUAACAGAGUAUCCAUUGAUAAUAUCACAGUCACCAACACCAUCAGUAUGGCUGGAAGCGCUGUCCUGAUUGAUUUUGACACCGGCUCCGAUACAAAUACAGUCUCGAUAACACGGUCAAAGUUCAGCCGCAACCGUGUCCGAUAUGGAGGGGGCGUGGCUUCAUAUUUUUUCUCCGGUCCCCAGUUUGGUCGUCUUUCCAUCGAUGAUUGCAUCUUUGAGGACAAUGAAGCUGCAUUCGAAGGUGGUGGUUUGUUUGUCGUAUUCCUGGGCAGUGAUGCGAGUAAUUUCUUACAAAUAAAUCGGAGUGUGUUUAGACGUAACACUGCAAUAGUCGGAGCUGCUCUGUUUUUGUUGAAUAACCCGGUCUGGUUCUCGCAGCGUGGAUUGUUUGAUCCUGUCUCUCCCCCGCUCAUCACUGCUAAUAUCAGCGACUGUUCCUUCACGGAAAACAGGGCGGACCUUAAAGAGGGAGUGCUCAAUCUGCUCAGAAUGGAACUGUAUGUGGAUGGAGAGAGUAAGUUCUUGAACAACACUGGUAGUGCAGUGACUCUGAGAUUGUCUUUGGGCUAUUUCAGUGGGCGUUUUAACUUCACUGGUAACAAAGCUGACACUGGAGGAGCUCUCAGUAUACUGCAAGGGAGUAGGGUUGACUUCUCAAGAAUGACCAGCGGAGUGUUUGCUCACAACAAAGCUGUGUUUGCUGGAGGAGCUAUCUACGCCGAUAGAGCCAGCACUGCUAGACUGGCGGUGGAGUACAACCACACUCUCGCUCAGGGACUGUUUGGAGCUUGUUUCAUAAUGUUUGGGAAUGAGCCUAUCCAAUCAACUCCAGAUCAGGUACCUCGACGAUUCACAUUUGUUGGCAACAGAGCGGUCAGCCAGGGUCAGUCCAUCCACUCAUAUUCCCUCAGGGGGUGCGUCCUCGCGAACUUUGUACCCACGAUCACGGCCAACUACCUCCUCGUUAACUCAGACGGAACAGUUGGUUACGAAGAUCAGAGUAUCCUUGACAACACCUCAACCGGCCCUAGCAACCUGUUCUUUUACGGAGCCUCCACUAAGUGCUACAAGACAGUUGCCAACACAACCUACCUCCUCCCCAACUGCUCGCAUAGCCUACUCAAUGAAACCUUUUUCUAUCAGCCUGAUCUCCAAUGUGGCCUUAAAUCUCUGUUCUCAUACGACCUUGGGUCCAUAUAUACCCCCGGCACUGGACUCCGCCCACCACUCAACAAACUAUACACACCGUGGGCGAGCGUCGAAGCAACAUGGACAUUGGAACCGGGUUUUUCCCGUUCUAAAUGCGAGGAGACCAACCCGAGUAAUCUAGUUCUGAGUCCAGCCCCAGGGGAGGAAUUUGACAUGACGAUACAGCUGGCAGAUCAGCUGUUGAAUUAUGUGUCAUCAACCAUCUUCCUGGAUGUGCUUCACGAAGUGGACUCGUCUCCUGGCGUACUACUGCAGCUGAAUGGGAUACAAUACGCCUACAACGACAGAGUGUACUUCACUCCUAACCGCGCCCUCUCCGGUCUGGCGAUCGUGGGUCUGCCGGGGACAGCUGGCAAGCUACGAGUGAUGGCAGACUCGCAGGUGUUAGGGGGGACAGUGCAGCUAGUCAUCCCCUUCCAGCUCUCCCAAUGUCCCCUCGGCUACUUCACACCUCCCGGAGCCCUCACUCUAGAGGAGGUGAACGAGUUGAUACUGACCAACUUCAGCGUGACACAGAGGAUACCAUUCGACCAACCACUUGCUUGUCAAUGCUUCACCCUCAACGAUAUCGUAGAGCAACGCUACAGAAGUAACUUCCUUGACGAUACCACCUGCAUACAAGGCUACACUGUCGAGCUCAGCAGUCUCUAUUGGGCUGGCUACAUUCCCAUGGAAACAGACCCCUCCCCAUCACUUAUUGAGCCGUGUCCAGAACCUCCAAUUGACCCCACACCCAUCGACGAUAGCAAUUACACAAUUUGGGUUCGUGAAAGCCGGAAAAUUGACGCGGCCAAUGGGAUUAGUGCUGGAUUUGACCCGGUGGACGUGGUCCCCUACCAGAAUGGGGCUACUCCAGGAGGGGAUGCUCCUGUCAUUUGUUUUAAUACGAGAAAUGUGUCAGAACUAGUGGAGUACCGACCAUCUACAGGAGAAUUUACUGUGGAUAUAUGCACUCGUGGUUAUUGCCGUGGCGAUGCCGAUUCUGUGUGGUUCCUGUCAGAUGUGGACUACCCGUGCAUUGAUAACCGAGAGGGGGUGCUCUGUGGUCAGUGCAAGCCAGGGUUUGCCGUCACCAUUUAUACUACAACAUGCUACGACUGCCGUGACAAGGUGUGGCAGGGAGUGAUAGCUCUGUUCACUACUCUCAUAGGAGGCCUGGUGCUGGUACUACUGGCCAUUGGCUUCAAGCUGGGACUCUCUCCAACCAUAGACUCAACACUCUUCUUUAUACAGUCUGUACUGAUCCUCCUCUCUGGGCGCACGGACUACUCAAUCUACACCUACUGGUUGCCCUUCUUCAACCCAGACUUCACAUUCAACCAGUGCAUAUCCUCUGAUCUCACAGCAUUCGGCCGCCUCCUCCUCCAAUACGUGACCCCAGUCUAUAUCCUCCUCUUACUCUGCAUUAUUCUCAUACUCACCAAGUACACAAGAUUGUCUCGAUUUUUUGGCAAGCAUUCGUUUCUUCAAGGUCUGUGGUUGCUAUUCUUGAUCUCUUAUUUUAAUAUCGGUACGACUUCCUUCGAGUUACUCAAUUGCCGCUUCAUCAGCUCAGCAGAGGGUAGUGCUUCUGAAUACCUACUAUCACAUGACGCUUCGGUUAAAUGCUUCUCCGGCUCACAUCUUCCCGUUGGAAUUUUAGCAUCUGUUUUAGUAGGUCUAUUCGUUCUUCCUCUACCGUUGUACGUGUACCUCGGUAUGUGGCACUCGAGGCUCAAGCCAUUGACGGACAUCUACUGUGCCUCGUAUAAAGACACACGUCGAUGGUGGGUGGUGGUCAGCAUCGCUAGGAGGCUGCUACUAGUACUAGUUGGAGUCUUUAUUCAAGAUUACACCUGGAGGCAUUUCGGACUAUUCUUGUCUCUGGGUUUGAUUCAAGUGUUCUACGUUCUAACGUGGCCGUACAAGAAAGCUCUCGAUAAUUAUUUCGGAUUUAUUAUCGGGUGGGUUCUAUUGUUUGUCGGUUUAAUUUCGCAACCAGCUCUCUACUUGCUCGUCGAUAUUAGCCGAGCCAUUUCUAUGACAGCUGUUGUCAAUACUGUUUUUAUCGGUCUAAUUCUGAUCGUUUUGGAGGUUGUGCUGCAAUUUUUCGACCUCUCAAUUGAGGAAUGGUUUAUUUCGAUAUUUUUAAGUCUUAAGAACUUCAUACAAGAACUGCGUAUGCCCAAAAGGUCACUGAGAGAUGAACAAGAAUUGGAGGAAUCCAGCCAAUCAAAUCUCUCCACUCUCAUGCCUAAACAGAACACAAUAGACGCUACAACGUAUAGAGAACCGUUGCUAGACAGUUUCUAUAGCAGCCAAACCAUAUCGAUGAAUUCGUCCGCUCGUAAUUCUCGAUUGAGAGACAGUUUUGAGAAAACAAGGCGAUGGAGAACCAGUAUUAAAAAGAGGCAGAGUACUGCUAAACUGGAUGAUACUCUUGAGGCUAUGCCGGGGGUGGUGGGUGUGACCUUUGUGACCCCUGAGAACGGGAUGGUGUACAACGAGUCUGGAGUGGCAGCUACCUCAUACACUGCACCAGAAACCAGAAUAAACUGAUGAUUAUAGAUAUUGAUAAUUAUAUUGUGUGUAUAUAUUAUACACUUUCCCCUGUAUCUGCAUAUAUUAUUGCUCGCAAGCAAAAUCCAAUUUGCAAAGAUUUUUUUUUACCCAUCAAAA